AUGAAAGUUGAAGCUAGUGCACGUUCAAAUGAUCGUCGAGAAAAGGCUAAACACCCUCUUUAUUCAGGACAAUUUAUGAUAUCAAGUAUUGAUAAUGAUAAUAAACCAUUUGAUGUACCAUGUCCAUCACCAAUUUCAAAUGCAUGUGAACCAUUAGCAUCACAAGGUUUACCUAUUAUUAAUGAUACAGCACAAGCUGAAACAGAACGACGUACAGGAUUUAAUGGUCAAUUUCCUAGUCUAAUUUCUUUUCUACAUGUUAUUAAUACAACAUAUAGUUUAUUUAGUUAA